AUGAAUCUUUUUGAUUCUUGUACGAUAAUAUUUGAUAGACUUCGAGCGAAUUAUCCAACUUUCUGUUCUCAUAAUGCGGUUUCGCGUAUUGAUUACGUAUGGUCUUCAGUAGAUAUCGCUUCACACCUGGUUAAAUGUUCUACGGUAGAUGUUCCUUCCAACUUAUCAGAUCACUCAAUUGUAAUUCUCAAAUGUGAAAAUUUUCUCAAUAUCAAACAAACUAAACGGAAGAUUCCUUUGAAGAAAGUAUUCAACUUAGACAAAAUGACCACAGAUAUAUUAAUUGCCGCUCAUAGCGAAGGCCUCCUUUUUGCCAUCAACGAUUUUAAUCUUUUGGGUAUAUCUAUGAAACAUAGACUCAAACAACUUCAACAAAGGGAAUGGUUAGCUAACUGCCCAUUAGUAUGUUGGCCUUACAGUAUCCCUUCUAAGGAUUCAGAUUGGGUAGUGAAUGUUCUGUGUGAAUGGAAUAAAUCUACAAUCACAGUUCAAAUACCUGUAACUGCUCAUAACCUCAUAAAAGGAGGAAACACUCCAUUACACAAC